GUGCUACUCAGCGAACUCUCUCUUUUGUCCUUACCCUCUUUCUCAGAUCUCUCUGUGAUCACUUUUUAUUAUUAAGAGUCUCAGACUCCGUGGUGUUUCUUCUCUCAUCUCUGUGUUUCCUCUGUUUCCCCUACUGAGUGUUUGUUUGGUAGAGAUAUACUGUGUUAAGUAGAUCGAUUGAGAACCCCAGAUCAAAAAAGAGUUCUUUUUUUCUUAGGAUCCAAGAAAGGAAGAAGCUUUUUUCAUUGUAUGGUUCUUGAGUAAUUGGUUUAUCUGUCGGAGAAUCUGAAUGAUUGGAUGAGCUACACCUAGGUUUCUAGAUUUUGUAGUAGCUUGUGGGUUUCAUAGACUAUGAGAAGAGGUAGAGGGAAAGGGAGGAAGCAGAAUGUAUCUGCAAGGGAAGAUUGUGGAAGCGGUGAGGAAGAAAAGAUUCCAGCUUACAGGAGAAGAGGAAGACCGCAGAAGCCGAUGAAAGACGAUUUCAAAGAGGAAGCAGAAGAGAUGGUAGAGAAGAUAGAAGAUGAAGAAGAAGAAGAAGAUAUUGAUGAUGGUUCAGUGACAAGUAAAGACUUGAAGAAGGAGAAAAGGAGGAAGGUGUCUAUUGGAAGCAGUGCGGAUCUAAAUGAGGAAGAUAAUGGGUUAGGAUCGAAAUCAAGCACCGAUGAUUCCGCGAAAUCGACAUCUAUCGGCUUCAGACAAAAUGGAAGCCGGAGGAAGAGCAAGCCGAGACGAGCUGCUGAAGCUGUCGUGGAAUGUAACGGAUUUUGAGAAACCUCCUGAUAAAGAAACUUCAAGAAACAGGAUGACAAAUUUGACUUCAAGAAACCUUCAUCUUCUUCUUUUUGCCUUCUCCUUACAAGUUUUUCCAAGUUGAUAACUUUAGGACCUCCUUUGUUGAACUAUGAAUGAUCAAUAACAUCAGUUUGCAUUCUUUUUUC